AUGGCAAUUAUUCAUGCUCAGCCUUGCGGGCUGUGGAUUUCGGCGCCGGCGCCAGAGGCCAACCGGAUUGCAAAGCGCAUGUGGACCUAUUUUCUAUGGGAAGAAAGGGUGCUCGCCAUAAAAAGGUUCUUCAAAUUCGCGGCAAGAAAAGACCGCAAAGCUCAAGAGGAGAACAUUAUUCUUUUCAUAACAAGUCUUCAAUUUGCCAAAGGCAUUGCCGUACAGUAUGCUCGGGUGAUGCUCACUAAUUUAGUUUCUGGGCAAACUUUGCUGAAAAUUUUCCAGCCUGGUUUCAGAAAAAAGAAGCUAUGA